UGUAGCGUUUAUAACCCCACAAUUUCUGUGUGUUUACAAAAUAAAAAUUUUAAAUUAAAAAUUUCAAGAUAAAAUUGGAACAAUGUCUCAGGUUAUAAAGCAGGUAGAAGAGAGAAGUGUUGCAAAUGAAAUCGAUAUGUUAUUGUGGAGUGAUCGAAUGGAUUUAGUUGCAAUUGCCAAUUCAAAAGGGGAGGUGGCGUUGCAUCGACUAUCGUGGGCACGAGUUUGGUGUCUUGCUCCGCCCUAUGAUUAUGGUACUGUAGUUACUGAUAUGGCGUGGCGACCUGAUGGUAGGAUUUUAGCCGUUGCAUAUUAUAGCAGUCACAGUCACAUUUAUUUAAUAAAUGUGGAAAAUAAGAACAUACUUCAUAAAGUGGUAUCGGCUCAUGCAGAAAAAGUGACGUGCAUAUCAUGGGCUCAGGAAAAAUCAGACCUAAAACAAAAUGAAGAUGAAGAUCCAAUUACUUACACAAAAUAUCCAGAUCACUCGAGCAAAUACGUAUUGGAACUGUCGCCGCUAUCUAGUUUAAGUCCUACGAUGACUAACCUUCAGGAUGAAAAUACUCAUUCAAAUUUAUUUCACGAACAAAAAGACUUAAAUUUACUGCUUGUUGGUACAGACGAGGGCCAUUUGCGUAUGAGUAUAUUUGGCCAGUUUGUGUGUGCAGAUCUGCAUUUAAGUGAUUACCUGGGCCAAAAAUGUUCAGUGAUGAGUGCCCAUUUAUCUAAUGAUUUAAGUACAUUGCACGUUACCGUCAAAUGUGAAUCAAGUGUGAAAAUUGUUAUACUAAAGAGUGACCUUCUUAAGAUACACUCGAAGGAAAUAUUUGCAAUCGCCAUAAAGGAUGCCCAUCUUAAUAACCUCGUUUCUUACCUUUCAAAUAUAAUUGUCCUCAUCAAGGAAAGUUGGGAAACCAGUUUACUGGAAAUGGAUCAUAAAUUAUCUUACUACGCUUCCCUAGUACCCGAUGGGGUAUUGUCGGCCGAAUUUUUAGAUUUGUUAAUGUUUGGAAUCACUUCUAGCAGAAUGCAAAAGUUUCUGUUGCAAGAUUUAACAGAAAAAGGCUUAAAAAAGUUUGGCCAAGUUAUUGAAAUGUGCUAUGCAAAUAUACAAAAGCUGUUACUAAAACAUGUUACGAAAGCAGGCCAAAAUAUCACAUUUCAUUUGUCCGAACUGAGAGGUAUGGCAAGAUUAGAACAUAACUUUAAGGAGGUGGGACUGUCGGAAAAUGCAAUUACAGAAGCAGUUGGUGCAAAUGGAAGUUUUCUAAUAAAAGGAGGGGAAAUGCACCAAAUAAUAAAUCAUUUCAUGAUCAAUUAUAAAGCUUUCUUCAGGUGGAUCUAUUCGGAAAUUAUACAUUUGAUGGAUGAAAAAGUGGUGCCUGAAAUGCCCAAAAAUACGCAGCAGGAUGUAACGCACAUCAUGGAGUUUGUACUGAAUUUCGACCACAUCAUGCCAUAUGGUCGUCUAAAUGUUGGGAAAAAGAAUUUCACUGUGGAAAAAUUAGGGCAAUAUUUGAAUGAUUAUCCAUUACGUAUACCCCCUGAAACUGAUGAAAAUAUAUGGGAGCAAUUUCUUAAGAGAAACGAGUGCUUUAACGAUGACCCACAUUUAAUAAAACACUUUCCUAAUUAUUCAUUAAUAAUGCAGUUUAAACAACUGGUAGCAUCUAUAGAAAAUAUUUUUUCGGCCCCAAAAAGCUUGUUAGCGAAUCAUUUUUCGGUUUCACAUAUAAUAAAUUGUUUAAGUAUCGAAGACAGUAAGCCUUUGUAUUUAUCAGAAAUUAACAAUCAUUCGGAUUCUACAUAUAUAACAUUUCUUAAUAAAACCUCACUACUGGCUGACGGAUUAUACUUUUUGGAAUUAUUUAAUGGUUCCAAUAAAGUGCACGGAGUAUAUUUUUACUUUAAACAUUCCGAUAAUUACCAUAAUUAUCCAGUACUUGAUAUAAAGUUUUAUUCUCAAAGUAUUUUAUCUGUUCUCCUGCAAGAUACAAAUUUGAAUAAAAAUGGUAUUCUAUGUCAAUUAAACGUAUCAUUUCUUAAAGAGAAACUUGUUGAAAUUGACUUGAGCCAAGACGUCUGCAAUCAGAAUUUGCCUAAGUAUAAUGCGUUUGAAUUGGGUACCCCUUUACAGAAAAUUGUUGAUGGUAUGCCAUGCAGUUAUUUCGCAGUAUCUGGUUGUAGACGAGUGUCUAUUGUUCUAUCUGAGAAUAGGAAAAGGGUGCGACUGUACGAAAUGGAAGCUGAAGAAGAUGACGAUGAAGAUGCUGAUAUGACCAACAGUGCAAGAGAAAGUGAUACCAGUAUGCAGGAGGACAAUGUCGUUAACGAAUAAGCGCCAUAUUAAAGUAUACUUUAUUGUUAAGUAUGUAUGCUAGCUGAAAAUAAAAUUGAAACUU